AUGGGGACGGCGGCAACCAGCUUGUCUCCGGUGAUCGGCUUCCUUGUCGUCCUCUUCGCCGCGGCGGAGGCGAUCCUGGACCCGGCCGACUUCGUUGCGCUGCAGUCCGUCCGCAAGGCGCUACGCGACACGCCUGGCUCCCGCUUCUUCGCCUCUUGGGAUUUCACAGCGGACCCCUGCCGCUUCUCCGGCGUGCUCUGCGAGGAAGACCGCGUGGUGGUGCUCUCCCUCGGCGACCCUCGCGCCGGCUGGCCGGGGCUGGCCGGGCGCCUCGACCCCGCCGUCGGCCGACUCUCUGCCCUCGCCGAGCUCUCGCUCGUCCCCGGCCGCGUUAUGGGGCAGCUCCCGGCCACCAUCGCCCAGCUGACCAACCUCCGGUUCCUCGGCCUCAGCCGCAACUUCCUCGCUGGCGCCAUUCCGCCUGAGCUUUCAGCCCUCCGUCAGCUCCGCACACUGGACCUCAGCUUCAACCGUCUUUCCGGUCCCAUCCCCGCGGGGCUUGGUGAUCUCCCUUCCCUCUCCAACCUCAUCCUUGGCCACAACCUCCUCUCCGGGCCCGUGCCGCAAUUUCAUUCCCCGUCCCUCACGCGGCUCGACCUCAAGCACAAUAACCUCUCCGGCGGCGUCCCCGCGCUGCCGCCGUCCUUGCGCUACCUCUCCGUCUCCUCGAACAGGCUCGCCGGGUCGGUAGAGCAGGCGCUCCCCGCGCUGGCGGCGCUCAACUAUCUCGACCUGGGGAUGAACCAGCUCAGCGGCGCCAUCCCACCGGCCGUCUUUUCCUUCCCACUCACGCACCUGCAGCUGCAACGCAACAUGUUCUCCGGCCCCGUGCUGCCGCCGGCACCGGUGGCGAUCCCGAACGUAGACCUGAGCUACAACCGGCUGUCGGGGGAGGUGUCGCCCAUGUUAUCGACGGUGAGGAAGCUGUUCCUGAACAAUAAUCUGUUCACGGGGAAGGUGCCGGCGAGCUUGAUGGAGAGACUGAUGGACUCGCGGAUAAGGGUCCUCUACCUGCAGCACAACUAUCUGACCGGCAUAGAGGCCAACCUCACGUCGGAGAUCCCGACCAGUAGCUCCCUGUGCCUCCAGUACAACUGCAUGGUGCCGCCGACCGGCACGGCCUGCCCGUUCGGCGGCGGCGCGGAGAAGGCCAGGCCCACCAGCCACUGCGUCAGCCGCAGGGGAUGA